CUGUUCCCGUAGCUGUCAUUUUCAGUUCAUACAGUCUCGCCGUCGAUUAGUGAUUCAUUUGUUUAUUAAGUUAUUUAGGGUAUUUUUGAACAAUUUUGUUGAUUAAUUGGUGAAACUUGAUCAAAAUUCGACGUACGAUGGAUCCCCUCAAGAUGGUGGCCACUUUGGUGCUAGCCAUGGCGUUGUUCAACUCUUGUUCCGCGUUCGAGUGCUACGUGUGUUCUAACCAGACGGGAAACACGGAAAAGUGCCUGAAUACGAUUAAGACCUGCCCGGAGGGUGAGGACGCCUGCCUGACGGAGAUCCGGUGGGGAAGUCAGCCGUACUUUUCGCUGGGGGCGCUGAAGCAGUUCUACGUGUCGAAGCGGUGCGCCUCGAAGGAUGUGUGCGAGAAGACCCGGCGGAAGUACAUGCCGUACUGUACGCACAUCUGGUACGAGGACUGGAGCUGCGCCGAGUGCUGCCAGGGCGACCGGUGCAACUACUUUGUGAUUAGUGGAGCUCCCCCUCAAAGCAUGUCUAUGGUGGCAUUCCUUGGAACGAUGGUAAGUAUUAUCCUAGCUAGAUAUCUCUACAAUCUGUAAUCUGCGAAAGAUCUGACUAAAUCAGAAUCAAAACACUCCAAAACUCCGUAGAUGUUUGCUAAAGUUUAGCAGAGUUCGUCCAUAAAGUUAGUUUUUUUUAUUAUUAAAAAGUAUUACAAUGAAAGUGCCUUUUAGCGAGAAUCUCAAAUUUGACCAACCAAUUCCGUCCAGUUGGAAUGUGUUUUACUUUUAGCAAUCGAAUAUCAGGUAGUUUUUAAGCUCGACAAGCAUUCCAUACUUCGUACAUUUUGCAAAUCUUAUUUUAGUAGUGAGUUGAUAAGCAUAUUUUGUUUUGUACAAACAAAAACGAAUAAAUUGUUUAUAGUCUAAC